UUUUCUUUCUCUAUAAAAACGCCACUAACUCCUCCACUCCUAAAAUCCCCACUCUUCCCUCUGUGUGCGCGGAUUUCCACCCCACCACCAUCAUCAUCUUCAUCAUCGUCGUGGAGUUGACAUCAUCUUUUUCUCCAGCAGAUGACCAUGUGCGCGCUUGCCCUUGCAACCUUUAAGUGACUGUUUACAUCCUGGACGGCUUCUUCUUCUUACAUAAGUCACCAAAAAUAUAAAUAUGCAGCUCGCUGCGCUGCCGCAGCUCCGCAGCGCGGCUGCGUUUCUGCGCCUGCAUGCGGCGCAGGAGGCGAGCUGAACGCUUCCUCCUUCCUGCACAGGAGAAGGGCUGGAUGUGGGCCGCCACAUGCUGGCGAACCUGAGACGGAAUGGUACGGAGGGAGGGCGGGAGGGAGGCUCGUUUUUUGUCUCACUGAGGACGGAGGGAGGAGAGGAGAGGAGGUGGGGGGGUCGGUGUAAAACCAGACUGGGUGGAGCAACGCAUCGGCCCGGCCCCAUCCACCGAGCAGACGGCCGGAGCUCGGUACUGUACCGAGAGUCUGGCGGAUGGAGAGAGAUGGGGGGCGGUCUGUGGGAGGGUCUAGCGCAAAGAGGGAAGGAGGAGGGGUGAGGAGGAGGAGGAGGAGGCGGCACGGGUGCUGUUUCUCCAGUCUCUUUCCCCUGUCUUUGUCUCACACACUCUUUUGUUAGCCAUGCCUAGCCUGCUGGUUCUAGCAGGGAUCAUGGAGAAAAAUGGGGGCUACGGCGGGGAUCUGGCCGGCUCCGGCUUCGGCGGCGAAGGUCUCCUCGUGGCGCCCGACGAGGAGGAGGACGACUCCCGUGCCCUCAGGGUCGCGCUCGGCCAGUUGUCGCUGCUGGGGCUCGGGGAAGGCGAGGACGGCGGCGGCGGAGCCCCGACAACAGGAGUGCAGGACCGGAGCAACAAUAACAACAACAACCACCACCACAACCACGCCAACAGCGUCGGGGGCGGCGGGGACGCGGCCAUCCUGCAGGGGAAGAGCAAGUUGUGCGCCCUGUACGACAGCUCCUCAGCAGAGACUAAAGGACGAGGCUGCAACAUAACAGAAUGCGUCCCGGUGCCCAGCUCCGAACAUGUGGCCGAGAUAGUGGGGAGGCAAGGUUGCAAGAUAAAAGCUCUGCGAGCCAAGACCAACACCUACAUCAAGACCCCCGUUCGAGGAGAGGAGCCUGUGUUUUUAAUCACCGGCCGGAAGGAAGAUGUUGCACUGGCCCGUCGUGAAAUCAUCUCUGCUGCAGAGCACUUCUCCAUGCUCCGCGCCUCCCGCAACAAGCUGGGGGUGUCCUUCAGCGGCUCCCCGCCCACGCCUCUGCCGGGUCAGACCACCAUUCAGGUGAGAGUGCCAUACCGCGUUGUGGGGCUGGUAGUGGGGCCUAAGGGCUCCACCAUUAAGCGCAUCCAGCAGCAGACCUGCACGUACAUCGUGACCCCCAGCCGAGACCGGGACCCGGUCUUCGAGAUCACGGGUUCCCCGAGCAACGCUGAGCGCGCCCGCGAGGAGAUCGAGGCGCACAUCGCCUUCCGAACAGGAGGCCUGCACGACCACAACAACGAGAACGACUGUCUGGGGCCGAACGGUGGAAGUAGCCCGGCGGGCAGCACCGGCGGUCUGGAGAGCCGGCUACAGCAGGUGUGGGGGCUGCAGGGGGGCCAGCGCAAGCCUCUCACCAGCAGCUACCGCCAGAACUUCUCAGAUGCCAUGGUUGGAGGCGGGAGCGGAGGAGGAGGAGGAGAGGGAGGGGGGAUCUACAACAAGAGCAACUUCUCCAGCUCCGGAGAGAAACCUUGCUCGUAUUUUGGAUCUGAGGGCACACAGGGCUGGGGCGACCCCGACUACCCCAAACAGGUGUCCUUUUACACCCAGCAGCGCUCCAAAAGCUUCGGCGGCCUCCCGCUGCCUCUGACCAGACUCUCUCCUGGGUUACCGGAGCCCUGCGGAGGCGGGACCCCCAACAACUCAGUCACCAGCAUCGUAUCCGGCUCGCCUCACGCCCAGGCCCGCCGCGCCCACAGCGAGCCCGCCUCGGCCGGGGACGGCUUCCCGGGCCGCCUGCCGGUGCCGGACUCUCCGCCGGCCACCGUGCGGGACUGCAUGACCUGCUUUGAGAGCAAAGUGACGGCUGCCUUGGUGCCCUGUGGCCACAACCUGUUCUGCAUGGAGUGCGCCAUCCGAAUCUGUGAGCUGAACCACCCGGAGUGCCCGGUGUGCCACACCCAGGUCACUCAGGCCAUCCGGAUAUUCUCCUAAAGAACCACGUCCGUUUUAUCCUUAGUUUCCUCAGUGUUUCUUCAAUAAUUAUUUACUGUUCUUAUGAUUACUAUUAUUAUCAUUAUUAUUAUAUACAUUUUUGUUUUUCAGAAAAUUUUAAAACAAUCAAGCAGAUAUUUUAGAAGGCCUGCUUGCUUUACUAAAAAGUAUAAGAAAUAUUUUUAAGUUUUUCUUUUUAUAUAUAUAUGCAUAUAUAUUUUAUAAAAGUUUUGUUUAUAAGAGAAGUAUAGUACCUUGCAUUUUCAGUUUUUUGACUGCUGCUGUUUUUCAUUCAUGAAUCACAGUGUAGGCAGAGGUAGACAGUAAUGUGAACAUUUUAUUCUUCAAUUAUUAUUUUUGUUUCUUUAUCUUAAAGUGGGUUUUAUUGAAGGAAACAGAUGAUUGUUGAGGAACCCAAUCUGCACUUGACUGACCUACAAAGUCAAUGUUGUUACUAGAAGGAAUAAAUAAAAGAACUUAUUGCACCUUACAAUCAUCUUGGUCUAAAACAGGAUUGUUAAAAUCGUACCUGGAGAAAUUCAAAAGCAGCAGAUGUGAAGUUAAACUCGACGUUUUCAGUUAAACUGUGAUUGUGGGUUCAGAUAAUUGGUCCAAAGUAUUUUGGCUAAAGGAUAAACGUGUAUGGGUUCGUUCCAGUCGUGAUCUAUACAGAAAGAGAAGAAGCAAAUCUUUAUUUCAUUAGAAAACAGAUUUAAAAAGGAUAGGAUUUUAAUUAUUUAUAGAAACUGCUUGGAUUUUAUGGAUAUUAUUCAGAGAGGAUGAGGGUUGCUGUAAAGGUGGGGAUUCUCCGUCCGGUAGCCGUUGGUGACGCUUUGGUCACUGCAGUUUGCUGAAAAGACUCGGUGAUGCUUUGCUGCUCGUGGUUCUGGAAAAGCAUGUGGCUCCUCGGUUGGCUUAAAGCGUUGAUUUAAUUUGCGAGGCCAAAAAGCCUUGGAAUCCAUCCAGUUGGCCUCUUUUUGAUAUUCCCCAAGGACUUGUCUCGAAGCCACCUUAACCACGCUUUUAUUGUGUCGUGCGGUCGUUUGGCCGCGUCCGGCUAACAAUGGAGGACGAGGCGGGAGCCCCCCUCGUGUCCUCGGAGAACCUUAAGAUUGGACGGAAGCUGAAUGAAUCGUCUCCUGAAUCAGCAGCAGCAGAUUAAAGGAGCAGAUACUGUAAAACACAGAGUCCAGGCCUGGUAAUCCUUUCUCCUGCGAGGGGCCUUCAGUCCCCCUGUAAUUAGCAGAGCUGUAGAAGAGCAGGUGUUUCGCGGCGCGCUGCGGCUCCGACCCUGAGUUUGGAGGUCUCGCCUAGCCCCUUUCUUUCUCUCUUUUCUUUGGGAGUGGCUUUCAUGCCUCCCCUCCACCUCCACCGGUGCUGCUGGGCUUACAGUUGGACCGUUUGCUUUUGAGCCGUAUUGUCUGCGCCUUCGGUGGCGGCCGGCGUGGGCCACGGAGCGCUCGGACACGGCCUGGAUUCGCUCAUUGAUAAUUAGGCAAAUGGGUCGGUCCAGGUGCAGACCGUGGGGGGACUCUGGACCCCCGAACCACUGAAGGGAGCUAGGCGAAUAGGAAACCCCUCCUCUUUUCCCCCUGCUCCUUUUCUUGCCCAAACGGGGACAAGGAGAGGGGGUGCACUCUUUUGUCCCAAAACACACACAGACACAGAAAGACACUAGCCGCAUUUGGCAGCCGUGAAAUAAAAUGGAGGUUUAGGAGAGACUUUCAUAAUCCAGUUACCUGGAAUAUUUAUUCCAGUUGAUGAAAAGCAAACCGUUUAGUGAUCAUAUCACAGGGGGCCCGUGUUAAUCCCCCUCUUUGGGUGCCAUCUGUGGGACAGUUUCUACUGUAAGGGGCAUCCCACGACUGGCCCUUCGCCCCGAACGGCCCCGGCCCCCAACUCGCGUUACUUUCACAAUGAAAUCAGACUAUUGUAAUUGACAGGAAGGCAGAGGAAACGCCCCAUUUAACCAGCACUCAUGCUGAAUCAAAUUACACACCCGCUGCGUCUGCCUUAGCCCCAGCCUGGGGAUUUCAGAGGGCUAGAGCAAUGGAUCGGGGGCUGGGGGGAUUAAAGCUGUUGAAUGAUGGGAGGGAGCAAAGGAGGAGUAUACUUCAAGACAAAAAAAAAAAGAAAAAAAAAAGGAGGAAAAAGAAAAAGCCCUGCAGACCGAGCAGCUCUACUGAUCAUCAGGUCUUUGAGCGAGUGCUGAGCUGCUGUCAUGUGGGCCGGCACCGGCGACCCAGCAGGCCUGAAUACUAUGGGGGUCUCAUUUUAACAAAACAAAUGCAGUCUUCAGGGCCAAAACGCCCCCUUCUCUAAAGGAAAAACAAGAAGAAGAAGGAGAAGUGACCGCUGGCAUGAUUGCAGCGAGAGCACCGGACUGACACGGAAAGUUCCCAGAAAUCUGUGAGGAGGACGAAGUUUUAGGGAAGGAGGAAUCACACAGAGGUCUGGCCGAAGCUUUCAGCGUCACAACGAGGCGGGGACGACCCCCGCUCUUGGAACUUAGUAUUUUUUGGUUUGUUUUAUUUCUGCCUUAAUGUUUUUUAUGGAAUAUUGCCAUUGCUUUGGCUGACAAGGUAGCAACUUUGGCCUUUUGAUACAGUACCACUCCCCAAUAACCAACUUUGUAAAGAAGUUAUUUUUGGAAAAGAAGAAUGUGAAUCAAACCGCUCGGGUGGGGAUUAGGGGGGAUUCUGGACAUUAGGCUCUUUAAAAACACAUGACUUAAAGAAAAAAAAAAAAGAAUAAAGCACCUUAUUAUAAAACACGCGCAUCUGAUUAAUACCAAACCGACCGCUGAUGGUGAAAUCUAUCUCACAAUCUGAAAGACACGCACAUAAGGAUUCCCUAUCAUUUUUUUUCUUGUGUGGUUUGGUGAUUCUUGUGCUCAGUAGUGACAGUUUGGGAGUUCUCAUCAUUUUCCCCUCUUUUCAGUUUUGCACUGGUUUAAGAAAGAUGUCUUAUUGGAGGUUCUCCCGGUUUAGACGCUGUAAGUUUAGGAGUGUUCUUGGUGUGGAGGCACCGUGUUGUAAAUAUGGUGUGUGUAUCAGCUAGGAAGAGCCAGACGCAGGCCCGCCUAAAGUGAGUUUUUCAUUAUUUUUUAACAAUCUCAAAGUGUCAUCGUCGAUGUUUUAGAAUGAAUUAAAAAAAAACAAACUAGGAGAUAAAAUGUUUAUAUAUGCGCCCCGUCACCCUUUUGACUAUAUUAGUAUAUUAGAUAGAUCCAUACAUGUAAGAAAUAUUAUUUACUAAGUAUGUCAUCCAAAUAUAGAUAAGCAGACACUACUAUAAACAGUAAGAAUGAAUUUUAUGAAGCCACUGAUGUAUCCAGUCUUAAUUAAAUAGGCAAAUAUUUAAGAACUUUUAGCCCCUAUAGGAGAAAUCAGUUUUUAUUUAUCAGGAAAGCAAUAAUAGGAGGAUACUGGGAGUCAGCUCUUUGAAUAAUGUUCUGUUUAGAAACUGACCUUCGUUAUUAGCAUAAUCCCGCUGCAUUUCUGUCUUUUAGUGACCUGCAAGUGUAGAACAGCUUCAGGGUUAGUUUGGGAUUUUAAUCAUGUUUGUAUCAAUCAUAUUCAGGACUUUUAUUUUGUUAAAGAGUCCGGCAAGGUUUACAGCUUCUGAUGGCAUGAGGAUGAUGCUGUCGUUUAAUCCUUAUUUUGCACCGUGAUGAUUUAUUUUUUUCUUUACUUUGAAAGAAAAAGGUCAGAUUUAACCAAAGAACAGAAGAGAGCUAACUUAUUACAUCGUUUUAACCAAUCUAGUUUAAUAAUCUGCCUUUUUAUUUACAGUUUACUGAACUGAGAAGUGAUCCUACAGAUUGAAAUACUCCCAAAAGUAAAGCUAAACACCACUAGCAGACAGAACUGUUCUGGCCCAGAAAUCAGGUUAUGCUGUCCAACCUGAUGAGCUUGAGCCACUAAAAGAGGAAUUUUGAUUAAACGGAAACCAGAUUUUAAAAAAUAUUCUGUAUUUAACUCUCUUAAGUUCACCUGCAUGAUACUCAAAACUAUUACAAUAGGUAAGAUUUAUCAAGAAGAAACGCAUAAAAGGAUCCAGCAGCCUGAUAUCUAAAGUGUAUAAAAGCUUUAAGACCUUAAAGAGAACAUCAGUUUAAAAUCAUAUAUUUACUGUGUAGUUUAACUGACUAAAACAUAGUUUAACUCCUAAGAAUAUAAGUUUCAUUUGUCCAGCUCACCUGGAGAAAGGACUUCCUGCGGAGCAGCAGAGGGUGGGACAACUCAGUGAUACAUUAUGUUUGUGUUAGUAUUAUUUACUAUAUCGUAUUAAGGUUGCUAUUAUAGUAAAAAGUAGAUGUUUUUCUUCUCUUAAUAUCAAAAAGGUCUUUAUGCAUUUCUGUAGAAACCCUUUUAAAGGAGUGAUAGGAAAUCCUUAUUUUUCAAUGGAUGCACUUAAGCAAUUCUACCAACCUGUCAGUCACACAUUGAACAAGCAAUGCAUUUGAAUGUAAAAAGAAAUAAAAAAAAAAAUGGGGGAAAAAUAAACGAAUGCACCCUUUUUUAUUUUUCACAAUUUACAAGUGAGCUUUAAGUUAGUUUUUUUGGAAGGAAUUUGCAACAGGUUUUCGACGUAGUCUAUAUUUGAGUUCUUCCACAUGCAUUUAUAGAAAGUAACUUAAAAAUGAAUAAAAAAACAUAUUACAGUUUUUCAGAUCUAUUUUGCUAACAUGGGUUAUUAUUUCAUAGAAAGCAGAGGAAAAAAAGUCAGUAUCUGGAUGUUAUUUAUGGAAAAUGAAGCAACGUAUUUAUGAGUAACCUCAAGACAUUUUGUUUUUUAAUUAAAAUGACAAGAAGUUAAUAUAUUUCUAAACACAGGAAAGUCAGUUUCUACUAAUAACUAAAAAGGAGAAGUUUUAUUUAUGAAAGUUAUGGACACUUUGCCCACGUGCUUCACAGGGGAUGAAGGAGGUGGGAACGAGUUUCUCCAUAGCUGAAAUUUUAACUUCAGACAUGCACUACUGCAACAUCAGUGCAUUAACAACGGAAGAACUACAGAAAAUAAUAGAAUAUUUUUAGAAUUUGGAGAUAUUUUAGUCACAGAGCAUCGAUUUUGUGCCUCAACUCUAUUUUUUCUUGCAUCAGCAUUCUUUGUGCAGUGCUGCUUGCUGUAACCCCGCCCUUCCCAGCACCACGUUACUGACUGAACGCAUUAUUACUCAUUUCCUCUGUAAUCUAAACUCGCUUUUUUCUUAUCAAAAUGUAAAAGAAGAAAAACUGCAAUGCUUGGAGUGAAUGAGGCAGCUGUGACCCUCUCGCCCAGCAGGGCCACACACGCACACACACGCACACACACGCACACACACACAACUUGUAAACACUUUCAUUCACACAUCUCCUACAUCCACAACUCAGUCUGAUCGAUCCUUGGCAACGGAGCGUGAUCGGCUUAAAAAAAACGUCUUUUUGAUCGACUUUUCCUGAUGCGUUAAUUAGGUGAAGUGCAAGUCGAGGAGGAGCCAGCGCACUGUGUAGAUCUGUGUAACUAGAUGCAAACACACACACACGCUCACACACAAACACUCCAGAUUCAUUACCGUACUAGUUUGCAUGUAUAUUGUAUGGUCACUUAGCCAGGAGAAACGGUGCGGCGGCACGUUCGCGCCGUUUCUUCGCUGUAGAUUUUCAUAGUUGGAGUCUCUUUAGAAAAGCCGAAGGGAGUUUGGAGCCAGACGGAGACCAUUUCAGUCCCCCGCACCAAUGUCUGACCUCUCACUUAGAAAAUGUGUUGCGCUGCAAAGAAAUAGCUUCCAUUUGUACAAGAGACGAAACUUCUUCUGCCUGAAACGGAUAAAAUGCGUCCCAAACUCAGAGCGCGGUUUUCCCGCUGCGUGUGAACGGUUGGGGACCGACAUGGCGCUCGCUGGUGAAACUCCGCCCUUUUCCAAAGAGGCCGAUGCAGUCUGACAGUUUGUCUUCGGUAGCGUUUCCAAUUUUUCCAGCACAGUAGGUGUUUCAUACCGGUCUAAUAGUGGUUGUAGUGCAUUAGUUGUUUGGGGCCGGCAGCUGCCGGCGUUCGGUUCUGGUUUCUCUGUGAACAGUGAGGGAGGCGUCGCCGCUGCGGCCCUCUGAGGCGGAUCGUUGAUGGAUGGGGAAAAAAAAAAAAAAGAUAAAAAAAAGUUUCUGAACUCUGUUACAGUGUGCCAUGCCUCACAAGGCAGGAAAUAUUGCAGGUUUAUUUCUUAUAGCACAUGGUUUUUUGUGAAUUACAUUUUUGGAGACAUUUUUAUUAUGAUUAUUAUAAUUAUUAUUGUAUCUGCGCCAUGUUAGUUCUGGUUCUUUGUUAUUUUUUCAAGAUUCAAAAUGUAUUGUAAAUGUUUCUAAUAAAACAAAAAGGAAAUGA